AUGAGAGUCAGGAAAGAGGGAGUCACUAUUAGAGGAAUUACAAUCACAUCAUCAAGCACAACAAUGUUGGAGUCCCGAUUCAUCCGUUACCUUGGCUUUCGAUUUGAAACCAUCACCGAUUGCCUUCCCAACAGUCAUCCUUGCGCCAGCGAGCGAGUCAUGGACAUUGUUCCUUCUUUGAUAAAUGUUACCGGACUAUUGUUCAAGGACAUGAUGGUUGCCAGAAAUCUAUUAACUUCAGAAAAUCGCUUGUCGAUAACUUACAUCAUUGCAGAUGGGAUCUUUAGUUUUGCUAUUGAUUUUGUGGUAGAUAAGGGGAUUUCAAUCAAAACUGCAAAAAGUGGUCUUCAUAUUCUUCUUGGAGGCAUCUGUGCUUUGACAGUUGUGGUCUUCUUUCGUUUUAAAACUGCAAAAAGUGGUCUUCAUAUUCUUCUUGGAGGCAUCUGUGCUUUGACAGUUGUGGUCUUCUUUCUCAAGUGUUCUUGUUUGGCCGUUGCUGUUGUCGAUUUCUACAGGUAUCUUUUGGAAAGAGAAGAUUUGAAUACUCAAAUCAGACCAUGUCGAAGGAGAUGUGGCACUCUGUUGGCUUCAUCGUUUACUGUGUUCCUCAUUGUCGUCAUGUUGUGUGCCAUAAUCGUUCUUGUUGCUGCACAUUGUUCUCAUUUUGUUGCUUUGAAGUGCUUCACUGGAAUCGCUGGAGUUCGAAAACUUGAUGCAUUUUCACUGUCAUUAGCCUCAUCAUUGGUGGCAAUCUCUCUUGUUCUGCUGCUGCCACUACCUGAGUUCCUUGCUGCCUCUGCCUAUUGA